UUUUGAUUAUUGAGGUUAACAGCAUCCUUUAGUCUUUUCAAAUGAAGAAUUUUAUCGAACAAAUCGAUUGAAAACGUGAUGUCUGAUGUCACUCCUCUAUGCUGUUGCGAAUAUUAUGAUAUGGACCAAGAAAGAAACCACAUUUUCACAUGCUGUUGUUAUUGCGACGCUCUAGACGAGGCUUUUACUAGGUAGAAAAUCCAUAGUUCAUCAAUUGUUUAAUUGGAAACUUCGGCUGCACUUACGUUAUUAGGUACCACAAUAUGCCUAGAAGUUUACAGUCUUAUCAUUAUAUAUUUCCAUACAUCUUACAUGAUAAGAUACAAGAUAUGUAUUGGUAAUUUUAUAAUGCUCUUCUAGUAGUAGUAUUAGUAGUAAUAAUAAUACUGCGCUGUUUUCUGUUUGUGCUAUUGUUUCCUUAGAAUCUCAUUGAAUCAGUGAUCAUUGGAAUAUACCUUUACAUUUAUUUAUAUGUGUGUAGUGUGAAAAACAGUCCUUUCAGUGUCAUUUUGGCCGUUAAAUGAAACCACAUAUGUACCAAGAUGGCCAAAACAUUAGUAAAAAGCAUAAGCAUACAUAAUUAUGUGGAUUCUUUUAGUGGUCAAAAAACAUGGAGAAUUAUAGCACGAAAACCACAGGGUAACUUUCAGUUUGAUAUCAUCUCGCCAAAUAUCCAAUAAACAGAAGUCAACUUUAAUGGCUACAAUUCAAGACCGAUUGAGGAUACCUUGGUCUGGUGGUGCUAAGCAGAUAGCUUUCGAUGCUAUUCUACCAAUAUUUAUCAUUCCUGCAAUGCUAUUGUUAGCCUCAAUGAGCUUAUGGUGGACUAUCUUUACUUUUACUACAGUUGUGAUAUUUCUAACCUUAAUAUCAAGAUUUUUCAUCAAAAACAUACCACACACAAAGUUUUUCUUUUUGUGGACAAUAACUACGCUCACAGUAUUAUAUUUUAUAUUUGAAUUCAUUGUGAUUCCAUUUUUGGAAAUCUUGUUAGAAGAAAAUAUUGCACUGAGUGUGCUGAUAUUUGGUUUUGUGAUCUCAGUAUGCUUAAUGAAAAAGAGAACAAAACAGCUGUUUAUGAUAGUAGAAAGUAGUAGGAAUGAUAAAGAAGGAGACAGGCUCAAGAGCUGUAAUAUUUGCCAGAUUAAAGUGCCAAGCAGGGAUAGACACUGUUUGUGGUUGGAUUGCUGUGUGGGGAACCAUAAUAGAUGUCUAUUUAUCUCAGCAUUAUUCUUUGCUACGAGCGCCCUCACAUAUAGCUCAAAUUUGACACUCACUUCUGUUUGCCAUCCCUUCACUUUAUACAGGGCUAUAUUAUUACCAGAUGAUUGCUCUGAUGUCUACAAACUCUUUGAGUUAGGGCUAUCUUUCGUCUCGGCAGUUUACAGUUUAGCGUUAGCAGCAAUCCUUUUGUUGCUGUUUCUGCAACAACUAGUGUUGGUGUCGCUUGGUAUAACUGCUAAGGAAUGGAACAAAUUGCCAUUGGUCUCAAAGCUAUGUCUAGGCAUGUUUGCAAAUAGACCUCACAGUAAAGGGUUCUGUCGAAAUUGGACUCAGGUUAUUUGUUGGUCGGGGAACCCUCAGUAUGAACAGUUUAACCAAGAAGUGUGAUUUGUGUUAUGAUUCGAUACAGUAUAUAAAAAUGUAUAGUAAUUUUUUAUUAUAUCCAUAAGGUAAUAUAACUUUUUUUUUAAAUACGAAACCUGAUUAGUUUCCUUGAAAAUAAAACGAAAAAGUGCAU